AUGCUCCGAAGACAGUCCCGUGAACGACGAGAGUAUCUCUUCAAGAAGAGCCAUGAGGCGCAGGAGCGCGCCGUGUUCGACCGCAAGCAGCGUCUCAAGGAUGCGCUCGCGAGUGGCAAGGCGCUCCCGAACGAGCUCAAGGCGGACGCGCGCGCGAUGGGCAAGGACCUCGCUCUCGACGAGGCGCAGACUGAAAUGCGCUCACAUGUCGACGACGAGUACGCCAAGGUCGGCACGUACGACCCCAAGGUUGUCGUGACGACUAGCCGUGAUCCGUCCUCGCGUCUGACCCAGUUUGCGAAGGAACUCCGCCUCUGCUUCCCCAACGCGAUCCGCCUCAACCGCGGUAACACGGUCAUGAAGGAUCUCGUGCAGACCUGUCUCUCGCAGGGCGUGACCGACCUCGUGCUCGUGCAUGAGCACCGUGGUGUGCCGGACGCCAUGAUCGUCAGUCACCUUCCCCACGGCCCCACGCUCAGCAUGACGCUCAACAAUGUCACGCUCCGCCACGACGUCGCCACCUCCGACUCGACCGUGUCCGAGCAGUACCCGCACCUCAUCAUGGAUGGCUUCACAACCCGUCUUGGAGAGCGCGUUGCUAGCAUCCUCAAGGCGCUGUUCCCCGUGCCCAAGGAUGACGCGAAGCGUGUCAUGACCUUCGCUAACCAGAACGACUUCAUCUCCUUCCGCCACCAUGUCUUUGCCAAGACUUCGCACAAGGACGUGCAGCUCGCCGAGGUCGGCCCCCGCUUUGAAGCCAAGCCGUACGAGAUCCGCCAGGGAACUGUCGACCAGACCGAGGCCGACGUCGAGUGGCUCCUCCGGCCGUACAUGCGCACGUCGAAGAAACGCAACCAACUCUAG